AUGUAUGAACGAAUAAUUUGGAAAGAAUGGUCAUAUGAGGAAAUCUACUCUGAAUCAUGGACAGGUGAGGAAAAACAGCCGACAGUAAAGAAGAAAUCUGGGAAAUAUACCGAAAAGAUAAGAAAAGGGAAAAAACCUUUCAUCGACUCUGAAUAUGCUAAUUAUAUGAAUACAAUCUCAGCUGAUUCACUGUCUUAUCGACCAUCGGAAUCAUCUACUUUAUCAGAAGUUUUCUCAAAAGUUCCCGACGGAUUAGAUAUCAUUGAAGCAUUCCAAGAUUUGCCAGUAAAUAUGCAGCCUCUUUUCAACAAUAUCAAAACUGAUUUAAUGGAUCUUGAAACAUGGAACGCUUUAAUAGGCUGUUUGCCCGAAUGGAUUAGAAAUGGAACUGCAAAUGAUGUGGUUAAUGCUUCCGAAAACUAUUCCGCUGUUGUCUUUGCUGAAAUGGAUAAAAUUAAUGAAAUUAAAUUGUGCGAAAACUCAUCGACUGUUCUUCCUAUUCAUCUUCUUCAGCGAUGUGGUGUUAUCGAAGAUUUCAUCAAUCAAUUGAAGGGAACUCCUCAAACAGUACUUUUGAAGAUGAAGAGGCAGGAACCUCUUAAAAGUCCUGAAGAGAAUUCACCGGUUCCCUCUUGGAAACAUAUUCGUGGACCGCCAAUGAACUUGAGGGAGGAUGAAGAACGCGAUCCUGUUAGAUCUGUUCUCGUACAAUUACUCAACUUUCCCAUCAAUAGUGAUGAAAUAUCCACUGCUCGAAGUGGUUCUCAGAAAAAUUCCAGAAAACCCGUUAUGGAAAAAAAUAGAUGGUCUCCCUAUCAGUCGAAAUAUUGUAGGUUUAAAAUUCUAAUUCAUACAACAUACAUCCUUUUAAUAAUAAAGGUGGGUGGUUCGAUGUUGAGGAUCUAUGCAAAUAUUUCAAAUGAUAUUGAUUCUGUAGUUUUAAUCGAACCAGUAGACUGCUUAUCUCCACAUAGACUUCUUCCACUCGUAGUGCUUGUAGAUGGUGGCUACCAAUCACAAAGACUAAAGGUCAACCCUGGGCGUCGCGUCUAUCACAUUCUUUUUGAAACAUCAACUGCAGUGAGUUUAACCAUAUUCACCGCAUGCACCAAUCAUAAUCAAGCUGAAAUAAUGAUUGGGCCAAUGGAGUCAAUCCUUUCGAAGUCUAUAAAGGAACCUUCAAAAAUAAGUAGAAGUGGAGGAAUUUUGUUUGAAUGCUUUUGUAAACUCUUGAGGAGCUAUGUUGAAGCCGACAAAAACUCAAAGAGCACAGUUGAAAAUGCAAAGAAUGCCUUUGGAGAAUUAAUUGAUGAUCUAUUUCCACUGAAAAGCCACUCUUCAGCUGAAAAGGUAAUCUGUGAGCAAAUAAGAAACCUUUUCACUCGAAAUUUAAAAACCAAAGACGAUUCUGAGGUAGAAGAUAUUGUGUGUGCUUGGAAUUUGUUAAACAGCGAUCAUGAAAAUGAAUUGGAUGAAGUUGAAAGUGAAAUUAAUCACUCUCAUUUCGACGAUGACUUUAGUGAUGCACUGUUCGUUUUGAAAGCCGUUGAAAUUCUCCCCUUCGAAAGUGCCUCCUUUAAGUCCGUUGGUUGCAUAACAACAGCACCAACAAAUUAUAUUCGAAAGAAUUUACAAAAAUUCUCCCUACUUCCCGUGUUUUGUUAUCGAAUUCAUGUCAACGACAGGGUGGCUAGACUUCGUAACCACCUGGACUGCAAUGUUGAUAUCUCAGGGAGAAUUAUAUUCCACAACAAUGAUAUAGGAAAUGAAGUCAUAACAGUCGAUAGCCAAUAUGUAAUUUUGAAGCCAAAUGAAUAUGGCUACGAUGUGUUCUGCUAUGCAAUGCUAGAGAAAAAUGUGGAGAAGAGUGCUUCUAUGAUUUAUGCCACUUUUGGAGAAAGUUGGCAAAGUUUGGAGUAUUCUGAGAUAACCACAACAUUCGCGUUUUGGGAAGCCGUCGGUGUGCUAGUGCCUACGGAAGAAAACCUACUCUUUCGGUUUUCACUGAAUGACGCUAAUCUGUGGGUUCAUUUUAUCUUUGUUAAAGUAAAUUUCGAGGAAACUCUGUCGGAUUCUGAAAACUUGGAGAAAAAUAGUACUCGUUCACGCCGAAAAGCACCCAAAAAAGGUAAAAAUCAAGAAAACCCAACACUGCCAAGUUGGAAUCUCAAAAUUUACUUUGAAGGAAAUGAUACAAAUUCAAUAACGCUGAAACCCUAUGGACCGACACCCUCGGACCUAAGAGACAGAAAACGGUCGUGGUUGGGACUGAACCCUGAAGAAAAAUUAGCAGAAGCAAUCAAUAUUCGAGAGCAAUUUUUACAGUCAGAAAAUGCUAAGAUGCCUGUUGAAGAAAUAAAUAAAAAUGAAUUUUACGAACAUUGUAUUCAAGAGAUUUGUGAAGAUGCUUAUAUGGAAAUUCAGGAGACUUUUGGUUUGAAUGCCAACGGCAAAUAUUUUCCCACUGAUGAAACCAGAAAUGAGGAUGAAAUAAAGGCGUUUACUGAGUUAGCAACGAAAAUACAACUGAACAAAAUAGUUUACACGGAAUAA